AUUUGCACAAACUUAACUAUCACCGCAAAGCGCACUUUAAUCCUCUUUAGACUGGAGACCAACUAGGUGUGGAAAUACAUACACUUAUGCUAGGUAUACUUUUCCAUCUAUCAUGAUGCUUUUCCGAGCUGUGGAAGACCGGGUGAUGCAUCUAUAUAAUGGAUGUCAUCCUGGGUACUCACCUGCCAAUUUUCUUACAUACAUGAACGGAAAUUGACUAUCCAUGACCAUUUCACACAUCAUGACAGCUAUCGUACAAACUACACCUUCGGACAUGUUUCAAUGGAAACAGUCCAGUACCACCCAGCAUAUCGAAACAGUGGCAAUUGAAUCCCCCAAAUCGCAAACCAUAGAUGGCCUCAUUCGACAUCGCGCAAAACUGCUUGGGGAUACCCCCUUGGUAUUCUACCCCCAUACUGGUAUUGAAUAUGUCGGCUAUAGCAUGAGGCAACUUGAUAUCUUCGCCUUCAGGGUAGCACAGAAACUUGCCUUGAGACUUCCUCCUCGAACCUCAUCCUCAGAAAAGCCCAUCGUGGUAUCACUAUUAGGACCCUCUAACCUCAACUACCUCGUCACGUUCUGGGCGCUAUCAAAGCUGGGCCAUUCAGUUCUUUUUCUGUCGACACGAAUCUCUCUAGAUGCCUAUGCAUCGCUCCUUGAAAGGACAGAGUCAGAACAUAUUGUCAUUGCUCAGGAAUUCCAGGAUACGGCCAAGGAGUUGACGAAACGACUACCGGGUCUACAAAUCAACUACAUUGCUACGGAUGAUUGGUACAACUUUCCAAUCGAGGACGUCAACAUUGAUACGAAUUUGACAUCUAACUUGGAUCCAGCCCAAGAAACGGCAUACGUCUCCUGGAUUAUUCAUUCAAGCGGAUCAACAGGGUUACCCAAGCCGAUUUUCCAGACUCAUAAAGCUGCUCUUGGGAACUAUGCCCAGAAUAUGAAUAUGAGAGGUUUCAUUACGCUUCCUUUGUAUCAUAACUAUGGGAUAAGCUGUUUGCAUCGAUCAGUCUAUUCUUGCAAAAGCAUUCACUUGUACAGCUCAUCUUUACCACUUGCUCGACAAUAUUUGCUCAGAACAAUGCAGGCGAAUGACUUUGAGAUCUUUUACAGCGUCCCUUACACUCUGAAACUGCUGUCCGAGGUAGAUGAAGGUAUUCAGAGUCUCCGAAAGUGCAAAGUCGUUUUGUUCAGCGGCUCUCCAUGCCCAGACUCUCUUGGUGAUCGACUAGUUACCAACGGUGUACAUCUCGUCAGUCAGCAUGGUUCAACGGAAACGGGUCAGUUGAUGACUUCGGAUCGACCACGAGAGGAUAAGUUGUGGAAUUAUCUCCGUCCGGGAGAGGCAGUCAAACCAUUCCUACGGUUUGAGGAAAGGAGUCCUGGCCUGUAUGAGGCUGUUGUUUUGGACGGUUGGCCUUCCAAAGUGCUAUCCAAUAGGCCUGACGGUUCUUAUGCGACCAAAGAUCUGUUCAUGAAACACCCCGAAAUGGAGGCGUAUAAGUAUUUUGCUCGUCUUGAUGAUACCAUCGUUCUGAUGAAUGGUGAAAAAGUGAUCCCACUAGCCCUUGAAGGAUCAGUGAGACAGGAUCCGUUAGUUGCGGAAGUUCUUGUUUUCGGCGCACAAAAGGCUAGAAUCGAAGCUGGUGCAGCCCUCUCAAGAGAUCAAGUUAUCGAACAAAUUUGGUCUAGGAUUGGACAAGCACAGAGUGAGAUGCCAGCCUUUGGACAGCUGUCACGCAAUAUGGUUGUGCUUCUUCCUCCAAAUACUCAAUAUCCACGGACGGACAAAGGCACGGUUAUAAGGCAAGCAGCUUAUCGACAAUUUGCCGACCUGAUUGAGAAUGCAUACGAUGACAAACAGUCCACGGUGGAGCUCGAGACAUUACCAGAGCCAGAGUUGAGGCGGUUUCUGGAAGAGCAACUCCGAGAUAUUUUACCAGCAAAGUCACAGCAGCUUUUGAGUGAGGAUGCUGAUUUCUUCAACAUUGGCAUGGAUUCACUGCAGGCUACGCAACUACGCUCAAUUAUCAGUCGCUGCAUUGAUACCGGUGGGAAAGAACUUGGUCUGAACGUAGCCUUCGACCACCCUACCAUCAAAUUGCUAGCCCAGCACCUGAUAUCAUUGAGAUCCGGCUUCUCGGACAAGCAUGGUUCUGUUGAGGAUGCUAUGCGGACCUUGAUUGAGAAAUACUCUGUUUUCCAACCGCACAUACCGUUACCCAAUGGUCUCGAGGGACGUUACAUUGUCAUAACUGGUACAUCUGGAUCACUUGGUUCCCAUACAGCUGCAAACCUGGCACUCCAAUCAGAUGUUCGCAUUAUCUACUGCUUGAUCAGAGCUGGAUCUACCAUGGAGGCUUAUGAACGCCUGGCCAAAUCGUUGCGCGAGAGACGUCUCUAUGACAGUCUUUCAGACACGGCACGUAGCAAAUUGGUGGCUCUCCCAGUGAACCUAUCUGAUCCAAGAUUGGGAUUCGAUGAGCAUACAUACAAUUUGAUUACGUCUCAGAUAACAGACUUGAUUCAUUGCGCCUGGUCUGUCAACUUCAAUUGGCAACUGGCCAGUUUUGAGAAAGACAAUAUUGCCGGCGUUAAGAACCUCAUUGAUCUCUGUCUGAAGUCACAACGACCUACGCCAGCCUCGUUCAAUUUCUGCUCUUCUAUUAGUGCCAUUGUUAACACAGCCGAAAACGAGAUUCCAGAAGCUCUACCCAAUAGCUUGAGCUAUGCUCAAGAAAUGGGUUAUGCACAGUCAAAGCUUGUCGCAGAACACAUCUGUCAGAAGGCAGCUGAGCAGACGGGCCUCCGAGCACGUGUGCUUCGAAUCGGUCAGGUCAUCGGCGACACACAGCAUGGUAUUUGGAAUACGACCGAAGCAAUUCCGCUAAUGAUACAAUCAGCAACUACUAUCGGGGCGCUGCCACGCCUCAACGAAAUACACCGCUGGCUGCCUGCCGACACCGUUGCGCAAACUAUAAUAGAUCAUUCUUUCUCGACCUACAAUUCUGGCAUUCUCAACAUUGUCAAUCAUAACAGCUUUCAUUGGACGCACGAUCUUAUUCAUUUCCUACACCAGGCAGGUCUACAAUUUACAGAGUUGGAAACAAGCAAGUGGCUUGAGAAAUUGCGUGCAUCAAAUCCUGACCCAGCUAUCAACCCACCUAUCAAAUUGAUUGAGUUUUGGACGACCAAGUAUGGUUCUGGCGAAGGAUCGAGAAAAUCAUUUGUGUGGCGUACUGAGUUGGCUAGACGCUAUUCGAAGACGUUGAACGAGACGAAGGGCUUGGGCCAGAAUGAUGUGACUAAGAUGGUGCAGUUUUUCAAGACUGUCUGGUGAUUGAAUGAUUCGUAUAGAUGCUUCUCGAUUCUUUCCCGAGGAGAAGAGAGAUAAUAGGAUCGGUUCGACUUUGCU